AUGUCUCCCCCCGGAGUCUCCGUGGCUGUGGAGUGCAGAAUGGGCGCGGGGUUUGCCAUGAGCAGCUACACCAUGCUCUGGUACCGGCAGAACCGCCACGGAGCUCUGGUGGAGUUUCUCAUCAAAGAGUACGAAGAGACCGCGGGUCGCUUCCACUCCUCCAUCGACACGGCCAACAACAGCUUCUCCCUCCAGAUCACACGGCUCUCUGUGAACGACAGCAGCACCUACUACUGCGCUGCCAGACACAGUGAUGCACCCACACCCCACGCUCACGCAGAUAACACAGACUGCAUCACACACACGGCCCACAGGCAGGAAGAAGGUGUUUGUUUUAGAUCAAAAUGUCAGCUCGUGGUCUGUUUCUUUUCCCUGUUUGGGAUACUAUUUAUGGAUGAAGAUUUUCUAAAGAAGACUCCAUGA